UGGAUUUAAGGCCAUUUUGGUCAUUUACGAUUGGGCUCAUCACUCUUAAACCAGAAGUUCGCUGAAUUGCGAAUCUGCGAUUGUCCAACCGAACUCUCUCCCUCUAAUGCCUGUUUUUCUUCUGAUGUAUUGUGGUAUGGACGCGGGUAUCGAACUCAAAGCAGGGGCCUUGUUUUUAUUUCAACAUCGACGCCUUCAAAGUGGACAUGAUCGUUGAUAUGCCAUGCCACCAGCCCCACCUCCACCUCCAGUUCCACCCCCACAACCGCAGCCCAUCUCCAAUCUUACUCACCUCAACAAAUCUAAGGCAGCUCUUCCCGACUUUUUCCUCGCGGCUCUAUCGCUUUUCGCUUUCCUCUCUUCUUCUUCUUCUUCCUCCAAAUCCUUCAAAUUUCCUGCUUUCUCUAUUCAAUUAAACCCUCGCCGUUUUUUCAAGAUACCUUCCAUUUCCAUGGAAUUCCCCAACUCCAACUCCAAAUCCUUGACCUUCACCUCUCCUCAAUCCCUCUCCGAAUGGCUUCAACCUCGCCUACCUUCCCAUUCUUUUGCUUCUUGGGGCGUGAUCCCUGGCACCAAGAACCUCCAUAACCUCUGGCUCGAGAUCUCCCAAGGAGAAACUUCCCUUGCCGAUUCCAACCCUCCCAUCCGCACCCUUCAUGUCCUUUCUCUUCGAAUUAUUGAUAAUCAUCACCGACUUCUUCUUGAAUCCCACCAGCAGCUCUCUGAUGGUACCCUACGGAAUCGAAAUCGACCCCUGUCCGAGAAAAUGAAGCCCAAUGAGACUCCUGAAUCUGCCGUCUACCGGGCUGUCCAAGAAGAGCUCGGUUCCAUUCUUGGCGAUUCCGAUUAUUCUCAACUUGUUAGGAUUGUUCCAGAUUCCUAUAGAUUGAAGAUUGAGGAGCGCGACUCAGUUUCCUACCCUGGUUUGUCGGCUAGUUACGUUUUGCAUUCCAUGGAUGUUUGGGUGGAAGGUUUACCCGAUGGAGACUUCUGCACUGUGGAAGAGGAGGAAUACGUAAACUCUGAGGACACAAACAUUGCGGACCACGCUGUGUCCGUCAAGAAGCAUUUUUGGAAAUGGCCAUUGAGAUAAGCUGACCAAAAUGAUCACAAACAAUUGCAUCAACAUUCAACUCCCAAUAAUCCCAACUUCCAAUAAUCCCACCUUUGAUGGAGACCAACGAUGGCACUUGAUGUUGGGAGGGGAAAGGGUCGACGCUGAGGAAGCCUUGACGCUGCCUAAAAGCUGUAUCCUCAUCCGCCCAUAAGAUCCUGACAAUGGACUUCGAUCAAGCUCAUUAAGGCUCUAAGAUCAGGCAUCCCCUUCCCAUAGAAAAAGUCAUUUUGCAGCUUCCACAAAUGCACCAAAGGAAUAUUAAAGCACAAUUUAAGCGUUCGUGCAUACACGUAGACCUUAGGUAACCCCAAUAGCUCGAGGGAGACCAAAAGUUAUUGACACCACCAAACAUUCCCAUAUAAGCAGGGAGUAAAAGAUUCCAGAUUUUCUUUGUAAACUUGCAUUCCCGCCAUGAAAUUAUUUCAUUAUAAUUUGUGAAUAUUAGUAUUUUUAUGUGUAAUGAAAAAAUAGUACAUAACAAUCAAUUAAUUAAAUUGGUGCUUGCUCAAACUUAAUGUAGAUAGAGUGAUGAGAGGAUAGUUAUUUCAAUCCAAACAACUAUAUGUAUAUAUAUAUCUGUAUUGGUACUACUGGGGUAUAUGUAUUUGUAUGACUGAAUUAUAUAGUUAUGUAGUGAUUAAUGCACAGAGGAUGGAGAAGAGAGAAGAGAUGUAAAAUAUAUUUAUGUACGGAAUGCAAAGAAGGGAGGGGAGGG